CUCUUAGUUCGGUAGCUGCCGGAACGGCGGGAACCAGAUGGAGAAGCAGAAGCCUUUUAAGUUGUUUGUCCCCCCAAGGCUAAGCAGCAGCCAAGUGUCGGCAGUGAAACCCCAGACCUUGGGAGGAGACUCCAGCUUCUACAAGAGUUUCAACAAAUGUAUUGAAGAUGAUUUUAGUUUUCCAUUUGCGAUGACUAAUCUCUCCAAAAAUGGGGAAAACAUUGAUUCAGAUCCUGCCAUACAAAAAGUUAACUUUUUGCCACUGCUUGAACAGGUUGAUAAUUCUAACAGUUGUCACUAUCAAGAAGGACUAAAAGACUCUGAUUUUGAGAAUUCAGAGCCAAUGAGCAGACUGUAUUCAAAACUCUAUAAGGAAGCUGAGAAAAUAAAAAAGUGGAAAAUGAAUAUAGAAUCUGAACUGAAACAGAAAGAAAAUAAGCUGCAAGAAAAUAGAAAAAUAAUUGAAGCACAGCGAAAAGCCAUUCAGGAACUACAGUUUGAAAAUGAGAAAAUAAGCCUGAAAUUAGAAGAAGAGAUUCAAGAAAAUAAAGAUUUAAUAAAAGAAAAUAAUGCUACAAGAAAUUUAUGUAAUCUGCUCAAGGAAACAUGUGGUAGAUCUGCAGAAAAGACAAAGAAAUAUGAAUAUGAGCGGGAAGAAACAAGACAAGCUUAUAUGGAUCUAAAUAAUAAUAUUGAGAAAUUGAUAGUAGCUUUUGAGGAACUUCGUGUGCAAGCUGAGAAUGCUAGACUGGAAAUGCAUUUUAAAUUAAAGGAAGAUUAUGAAAAAAUCCAGUGCCUUGAAGAAGAAUAUAAGAAGGAAGUAAAUGACAAGGAAAAGCAGGGGUCACUAUUUUUGAUUCAGAUCACCGAAAAAGAAAAUAAAAUAAAAGAUUUAACAGUUCUGCUAGAGGAAUCUAAAGAUAAAAUUAGUCAAUUGAUGAAAAAGAUAGAGUUACAGGAUGAAAUCUUGAAAGAAUCAAAUGAGAAGCAGGAUCAUUUGACAUCAGAACUAGAAGAUAUUAAAAUGUCUUUGCAAAUAAGUUUGAGUGCUCAGAAAGCUUUAGAGGAAGAUUUACAGAUAGCAACAAAAGCAAUACAUCAACUCACUGGAGAAAAAGAAGCUCAAAUGGAAGAUUUUAAUAAGACUAAAACUGCUCAUUCAUUUGUGGUUGCUGAACUUAAUAGCACUGUCGAUAACUUGAAAGAAUUGCUGAGUACAGAACAGCAAAGUUUGGAAAAAAGUGAAGACCAAUUGAAAACAGUUAACAUGCAGCUUCAGAAGAAAUCAAGGGAACUAGAAGAGAUGAGUAUGUUAAAAAAUAACACACAAGUAGAACUUGAAGAAUUGAAAAAAAUCUUGGCAGAAAAUGAAAAGCUUUUAGAUGAAAAGAAACAGUUCGAGAAGAUUGCUGAAGAAUUAAAAGGAAUGGAAAAGGAACUAACUGGUCUUCUCCAGGCCAAAGAGAAAGAAGUACAGAAUUUGGAAAUUAAAUUAACUGCCAUGGAAACAAGUGAGCAGCAUUAUUCAAAACAGGUUAAAGAUCUGAAAAUUGAGCUUGAAAAUGAGAAGCUUAAGAAUACUGAGUUAACUGCAAACAGCAACAGACUUUCCCUAGAGAACAAAGAACUUGCACAAGAAGCAAGUGCUAUGUUUUUAGAACUCAAGAAACAGCAAGAAGAUACUAAUAAUAGCAAAAAACAGGAAGAAAGAAUGUUGAAACAAAUAGAAAAUCUGGAAGAAACAGAAAAACAAUUAAGAAAGGAACUGGAAUCUUUGAGAGUACAGCUAAGACGGAAAGGAGAUGAAGUUAAAUGUCAGUUGGACAAAAGCAAAGAAAAUGCUCGAAGCAUUGAAUGUAAGGUGUUAAAAAAAGAUAAGCAGAUGAAGAUAUUAGAAAACAAGUGUAACAAUUUAAAGAAACAAGUAGAAAAUAGGAACAAAUCUAUUGAAGAACUUCAGCAGGAGAAUAAAACCUUGAAGAAAAAAAGUAUAGCAGAAGGCAAGCAACUGAAUACCUGUGAAAUAAAGGUCAGUGAAUUAGCAUUAGAACUAGCAAAUUGGAAACAGAAGUUUGAAGAAAUUACUGGCAUGUAUGAAAAAGAAAUUGAGGAAAAAAAGAUGUUACAAGAAAAUCUUUCCGGAGAGGUGGAGAAAGCAAAAGUAAUAGCUGAUGAAGCAGUAAAAUUACAGAAAGAAAUUGAUAUACGAUGUCAGCAUAAGAUAGCUGAAAUGGUUGCGCUUAUGGAAAAACACAAGCACCAAUAUGACAAGAUGGUUGAAGAAAGAGACUCAGAAAUUGGACAUUUCAAGAGUAAGGAACAAGAACAAUCAUCAGUGAAAGCAUCUUUGGAGAAUGAGUUAUCCAGUCUCAAAAAUGAACUUUGCUCUUUGAAGAAGCAAGUUGAACUAGAAAGAGAAGAAAAAGAAAAACUGAAAAGGGAAAUAGAAGAAAAUAAAGUUAUUUACAAAGAAAAACGAGACAUGCAGAAAAUACAAACAUUAGAAACACCUGAAACUAAGAAUUGGAAACUUGAAUCUAAAGCUGCUCCUUCACAGAAUAUAUCUCGAAAUUUCGCAUCAACUGAGCAUGGUAAAUCCAAAGAUAAGAGAGACUGUGUAUGGACGUCUGCCAAAAGUGCUUUAUCUACAUCAUUGCCAAAGGUAUAUACAGUGAGGACACCAACAAAGAUAAAAAUACAACAAAGAGAAAGCAGGAACAUACGUGCUGAAGAAAAUAAAAAAAGAAAAACAGUGUUUGAAUUUGAUAUUAAUUCAGACAGUUCGGAAACCACUGACCUUUUGAGCAUGGUUUCAGAUGAAGAGACAUCAAGCAGAAAACUGUUCAAGAAUACUGAUUCACCAACUUCUCAUUUUUGUGUCAGAACACCAAAAAAGACUCCUUCGUAUCCAACCAACCCUGGAUCUACAUUGAAGUUUGGAGCUAUGAGAAAAGCACAAGAGGACCGUUGGGCUAUGCUUGCUAAAUCAGAUAGGCGAAAAAAACUGAAAGAUUCAGAGAAGUUAUUUGUUUAAUUUUAGAAAAUAAUUGUUAUUAAAGCACCUGAAAAUCUGAUUUAGAGUUUGCUCCUUGCUGUAGUCACAUGGUAUGUUGGCUUCUUUCCCCUCACUGAGGCAGCAAGGCGGCACUUCAUGGAACUGAACAGCAACUGGACACUCCUACUGCCCACUCCAGUUGAGUUGCUUUGUUAGAUUGAUAACAUCAUGGAACAAU